AAUGUUUCCAAUAUAUUUUAUUUCAGCUCAUGAAACAUGUGACCAACACUUCAAAUGUGUUUAUAUUUUUGUUCAGUAUAGUUUUCUUGUCUGUCUCAAUCUCUAGCAACAUCAAUACAUUUAACUGGUUUUCAUAUAGAGUAGGGAUUUCAAUUCACUUGCUUGCCCUGCACGAUGGCAUGCUAAAUUACACAAGUCCUUCAGCCGGUGUCUUCUUGUCUCUAACUACAAUAGUCAUAAUUUUGGCCUCUAUGGUGACUCUUCCCCAUAGGGAACUUUUAUGAACUUCUGUUUGUACCACCGCACGGUAAUACAACGUACGAGUUUAAAUAUUGAACUCGUGGUACGCACGGCAGCCUAGUGCUGGAUCCCAAAUUUAGCGUUGCGGACUGCUCCAUUGACAAUGAAUGACUUCCGCCGGAACGCAGAGUUUGACACUUCUGGUGAAACUUAAGCGUUGACUUAACUCUGGCAGCAGCGACAAAUACAUCUCGGCUCAGUCAUGUCUGAUGAAUUUGUGCUGUAAAACCUGCGCCAAUAUUGCAAAUCACUACGGAAUCGCACUGAACAAACCCAGUUGAUAGACGUAUAUGUAUUUUUUUUUUAAGGAAGCUGGAUCGCUAACAAUGACUGUUACGUUAGCAACAAGCUAGCUAACGUUAUCUAUAUCCACAAGUACGUGUAGUCGUCAACGUUUUACACGAUUGGGUGUCACAACAGUAUGGUUGGUGACGGUGUCAUUUACUAGCUACUGCCAACAAAAAAAUCUAGCUAGCUAGCUAACGUUAGCUAGCUGCUUAAUCUGUCGCGCAACCCGAACCGUUUUCUUCGAGAACUACGACAACGCUACCCCAGCUCUGCCCAUCCAGGCAGUCAGUGUUAACAAAACAAGAGAUUGGAGCGAUGACGGCAACAUCAUGUCUGAGAGAUAUCCUUUAGUCGAGAAAGCCCUAUCGGAGGGCUAUGCUCGGUUUAGGUUCAAGGACACGUCGCUGCUAAUUUGGCAACAGCAGCAAAUGGAGCUGGAACAGGGACCACCGAGUAACUACCUCAGUCGGAGUCAAAGUACGUGGUACAGUCAGUAUGGAAACCAGGCAGUCGUGGUACGGGACAAACGAACUGUCACAGUGGAUCCAAUUGCUGACGCUGGAAGUUCCAGAAUAUGUUUGAUUAUGUGACAGUUAUAGUGACACAUACAUUUAUCCAUAUGCCCUACGCUUCCAUAUUUGUAAACUGUUUGUGCAAAAAUAUAUGGUGCAGACUGAAGUUGAUUAUUUGUGUCCUGAAAGACGUCUGCCAGAAACAUGUCAUGACCAUUCACUGGCCGACUAUGUGGUGGUCAAAGUAAGCCUGUGCAUGUACAUUGGGGUAUGGCAGUGUUAGCUAAACAUGUCUUUCUACCCCUGAACAAGGCAGUUAACUCACUGUUCCUAGGCCGUCAUUGAAAAUAAGAAUUUGACUUGCCUAGUUAAAUGUAAAAAAAUAAAUGAUCAUUUAUAGCAUUUUUGCAUUUCAAUGCAGUAUUGUCAAUAUAUGCGCUUGUCUCUCACAAACACUUGUAACAAGACAAUUGUUGCAACAGCAAGUGGAGGUUGAUUAUGUGCAUUGUCCUGUGAAAUAGAAGUCUGCACUU